GGCCGGUUGGAUACAGUGUGCUCGAGUGUAACAAUUUUGUGGGAGCAGGGAAUCCUGGAGCGCGAUCCCGAGUCCCGAGCGGGGAGUCCCUGGUCCGGGCGCAGUACAUCACAUGGACCCUAACGGAACACAGCUGGAGGCAGACUUCUCCCAGCAGGACACCCCGUGCUUGAUCGUGGAGGACUCCCAGCCGGAGAGCGUGCUGUCGGAGGAUGACCCGGAUCGGAGUUACCGGCACCUGCAAGCCAGGUGCCUGUCGAAUCUGCAGGCACCCACCCCGAGCCCCGUCCUGGAGCUGCUAACUGGUCAGUCGGCGCCCAAGGUCUCAACGGGAGGCAAUGAUGAGCAGUCGGGACAGAGAGAGUCGCACAUCAAGGUUGUGAGUACCGUGGAAACGGUGACAGGUCACAGGUCAGAUGAGCGCUCCACUUCCUCGUCUGAAGACCAGCCACGACCAAAUGGACAGACCAGCACCCUGAACACCUGCAGCAGCCCAUGCGAGGGAAAAGGUGACGUCACAGAUCUCACGACCAACUCUGUCAGCGCUGAAGAGUCUUCUCAGGCUGGUCUGGGACUGCUGGAAUUGUCUGAGAGUCAGGAUGUUGAUCCUGAAGUCAGUACCACCGAGGUAGGCGGACACGAACCUCUGCCAGAGGAGGUGAAUGUGGACUCUGACUCUCCCAGCAAGGAACCAGGACCUGUUGUGGACACGGGGGCUGCCUCGCGUCUCCCGAUAGUAGCCGGGCGCACGGCUGGACAAACUCCUGAGAGGUCGGAGGUCACAUCCAGUGUGCCCACCCCCCUGUGGCAGGAGAAGCUGGGAGCUGGGAAGGAGGUGGUAGUCCAAUUUGUGGUGCCUCGUGGACUCCCGAUCGAGAAGAGCACACCUCACCCCGAUCCUGAAAAGCUCCAGAUCGUCUCCGCACAAGAGGACAUGCUUGUGACGACUCAGCCAGGUCCCAGCACGGAAACGCCCGUGGGAAAGCAGUGUGUUUUGGCUGUUGGAGUCGACCGCCUCCAGGUUCUCCACCUCUCUGGGCAGCAGACACUGGCACAGGAGAGUCUCUCAGAAAGCUCUUCCAACGUCGUUGACCCUUCGCAGGAGACGUUUGGGCCGACCCCCUUGAUUGUCCCCAGCAGCCCCACGGAGCAGGGCGAAGAGGAGCCAAUGGACACUUCCGCGCCCCUUGCCGACGUCGGUGAGGCAGAGAAGCCGCCGUGUGAGGGAGAGGAGCUGAUGGAGAUGGACCAGCCUGCAGAGCCGAGUGAGCCAGCCCUUCCUCAGCCGCAGGCAUCCACCCCAGUGCUGGCCUCGGCCCCGGCAUUCGCCACCAGCCAGCUGGUUCCUGUGCCAACGCUGCCCGAUCUGUCUCAUGAUUUUUUUAUGCCCACUCCAAGUCUGACAGAAAACGUUAACAGCAACAGAGAGGUUAAAUCCACCCAAGCUCAGGCAGAGUGUCAGGCAAAGGCACCGGUGCGAGAGGAGGGAGAUGUGGGAUCGGACAGCAGAUCAGCAGGGAAGGAGCCUGAGGCUGUGGGAGCCAGGAAGAUGUGUGAGGGAUCGGGGGAGCCGUUUGAGCUGAGGCUGUCCGCCAGCCAGUGGACACAGCCGAUGGAGACGGACGACGGUGCUAUUCUGGAGGACAGCGAGGCUACGCAGGUUGAGGAAGGGAUUACCACAGAAAUCGUUGUGGUGGGUCAGCUGGAGGAAACUCAGAACCUUCACCUGCGCUGGACUGGAGAAAGCCAGGCUACCUCAUCCAGUGUUCCUGAGGGACGUACCUUUGAAGAAGCUGGCGCUGAACCUGGGCAGAAAGCUGAAGUGAAGGAGCUGAGAACUGCUGGAGAGUCCGGGAGGUCAGAGGGAUCUCAGCACCUAGCCCCGCAGGCGCCUCAGUCUCCAGGGGUGCCGGUCCACCCUUCCCCGGAGGGGGCAGAUUUGCCCAGGGACACGUUAAUAGCAAAAGCAACGAUUGUCAGCAAGAGGCCAGGGGAUGAGGGAGAGGAAGGGUCUGUGUCACAAGGUGAGAAGCAGGGGUGUCUGUGUUCUGUUGACCACAACAUUGAAGAGGAGGCGGAUGGAGGGCUGAGGGAAGGUGGAGGGAUCUUUCAGGUGUCCCAAAGCCACGUGGACUCAGGAACAAUCGACAGAGAAGGCGAACCCAUGGAGCAGGACACUAGUGAAUCGGUUAACGUUCCGUCUGUAGGAAUCUCACAUCCACACAGUUUGGAAAGGUCGCAGCCUCCAACGACAGGUAGUGAAAGGAGGGAAGGUGAUCUUCACUCUGGGGAGGACAACUGUGUUGCCCUCGGCGUGAAUCCAAACGAGGGCGAGGAGCAGAGCAGUGGGUCCUCGCAGGGAAUCUGCCCAGUGCCCUCAGGGCAGCGGGAAGGUCUCCCAGGCGACUGCCAGUCCUCGGGUGCAGGAGGUGCAGAGGUGGCAGACCCCGGGAGGGAUAUCCGAGUGGAGCUGGUGGUGAAGGUGCAGGCUGAUGAUCCUGGCAGCCAGAGCGCCGGGAGCCCCCGGCAAGAGCCAAGGGACGUGGAGACUUGGAACCACCGGAAGGCCGUGGAGGGACUGCCACGACCCAGUCGUGUUGAGCCCUCGACUGGGAGCCUGAAGGACGACAGUGAGGGGGAGCUGCCCGGCCAAGCGCACAAGCAGGGAGCUGAAGAGAACCAGUCGGAGCAGUCGGUGAAGAGCCUCCUGGAUGGCUCUGGUGAAAUUCCGUUCCACUUCACGCUCCCGAAGGAAGGUGACGUCAUCCAGCCGGUUAGUGGUGCCACCCCGCCUCUCCUCGGCAAGCUGAAGCCCGGUCCUCGGCACAGCACUCCCAUCGAGCUUGCAGUGCAUCCCAUGGAAACCAGUGAUGUCACGCCGGGGAACACCAUGGCAACCAGCGACAUGAUGGUCGAUGUGAGCCAGCGGACCUCCCCAAGUCCGGAGUCUCUCUCUGUCUCGGCGACCGACAGCAAGCUGUGCCUGCGGAUGAGGAUGGAGACCCCCGUCACUGAGGAGGGAGACCACUCGGAACUCUUCAGUCUAGAGAAGCCCGUGUUGUCCAGAGAGUCGACAUCUGCUGCUGGUGUGGUUGCCAGCAGCGUUGUGACGAGCCCGUCGGUGUUCAGUCGCGUGUGCGAGGCGAGGCGAGAGACGGAGGCGAGAGCACAGGAGGAGUCCGCCACCCCCUUUCGCAGUGGGACGUACAGCCUCCCAGACACCGAGGAGGAAUCUGACGAUCCGAGCCAGGGGCACGUGGCCUGGCAGCGCCAUCCGCAGACGAGGCGACGUUCCCAGGGCCAGGUCCUGGAUACCCAGACCCCUCCAGAUGGCGGGGAGGAGGGGGAGGUCAGGGAAACUCCUGAGGAGUCCAUGCCAGAUCCUAGCACUGGCAAGCCUAUGGACAGGAGUCCGGAGGAGAGCGAGGAAGAGGUAAUGGAAUUUGUCAGUAGCAGCCAGGAGCUCCCGGAGGCAGGGAAGGUGAAGGGAGGGGAAGCUCCCGAGGCCAGGACUCUUCCGGCUGCGUUCAAGGACGAUGGGAUGGAGAUGUUGGAUGCCAGAGCAAGCGGGCAGGCUGUGUCUGGGGUCGGGCGCCCCUGGAGUCCCCUGGAUCUCACGGUCAUGCACACCAGUACCCAGACCAGCACCUCCAUCAGCAGCCCGUCUCAGGAGGGCUACAGGAAGCUCCUGUCCUGUGACGCCAUGGUGCAGACAGAGGAGACGCCCGGGAAGCCCAUGAUGCGGUCAAGAAGCACGUCCUACCACGUGAAGCAGGGAUCAGAUGAUCGAAACACUGAAUCGCUUCCCAGUCAGGAGGAGGACGAUUUUGAGCUGCCGGCACCUCCGGCUGGUUGUCACCUGCGCAGGCACGUCCGGACGAUCAGGGAGGUGCGGACGGUGAUAACCCGGGUCAUCACGGAUAUCGUGUACGUGAAUGGGCAGGAGGUGGACCGAAAGGUGACAGAGGAGAGCGAGGAGCCAGUGCUGGAGAGUCGGGAGUAUGAGAACGAGGUCUCCCCAUCCCAGGCCACCGGCUCCCUGACCUCGGGUGACCUGGCUGACAUCAGCUCCUUCUCCUCGAAAGCUUCCAGCUUGCUGCGAGCCUCCAGCGGGGCGAGCAGCGGCAUGUCGCUGGCACACAGCAGCAGCAGCGGUGGCGGGGCCGUGGGGCACGCGGUACACGAGCGGGGCCGGGGCGGGAGCGUCCCACGAGGCCGGAUUGGAGGCACCGACUCCCGGGAAUUCGUCGCACCUGUGGGCAGAGGUUCACCAAGCAAGCUGAGCCCGCGGAGGGUUGGAGCCCACAACUGGUCACCGAAACACCUGUUGUCCGGUGUGGCGGAGAGUGACGAAGCUUCUGUGAACACCAGACCCGCCCCACGGAGCCCAGCUCCCCGGGGCCGAGGAAAGAGGGGGCGGCCCCCCAUCCGCUCCACAGUCAGCAGGGAGAUGAUGCACGCUCUGCACCGUGCGCGAGGGGAAGACACCUCCAGCGCCACGUCCUCGGAGGAGCAGUACAUCCCCAUCGCCGCCCAGCCCCCUGACAAGGCAGCAGCCUCUUCCCUGCCCCGCUCAGGCUCGCCCGAGAUCCCCCCCCUGCAGAGCCUGCCCCCCGCCGACCCCAAACUGACCCCCUCCCAGGGCAGCAGCUUCGUGGGUCUGCGCGUGGUGGCCAAGUGGUCAUCCAACGGCUACUUCUACUCGGGGACCAUCACCCGCGACUCGGGGGACGGCCGCUACAAGGUGCUCUUCGACGACGGCUACGAGUGUGAGGUGGCGGGCAAGGACAUCCUGCUGUGCGACCCCAUCCCCGUGGAGACUGAGGUGACUGCCCUAUCCGACGACGAGUACUUCAGUGCCGGUAUCGUGAGGGCCCACCGGAAGGAGCCUGACGAGUUCUUCUACUGCAUCGAGAAGGAGGGCGUGCAGAAGUGGUACAAGCGAAUGGCGGUCAUCCUCUCGCUGGAACAGGGCAACCGUUUACGAGAGCAGUUCGGCCUCGACCCCUGUGAGCCCAGCACGCCACUGGCCAUGGCAGCUGACAUCAGCUUGGAUAACCUGGUGGAGGGGAAGCGAAAGCGGCGGAGUAACGUUGGGGCCAGCACCCCGACGAGGAAGCAGGCGGAGAGCCCGCGGGCCCCACCCCUCACGGGCAAGAGGAAGCUCCUCAGUUCAGAUGAGGAACGGUCGCCGGCAAAACGCGGACGCAAGCCAGGCUCUGGGAAAUCCGGGAGCGCGAAGCCAAGCGCGUUUGCAAGCCCCUCAGAGGGGGAUGUGUCCAGCGGGUCCGGCCCAUCCGUGGAAGCGCAGCACGGACCCCUGCCGAAAAGCCCCACCCUCUUCGUGGGGUAUGCCUUCAUCCUCACCGCAGCCACCGAGUCUGACCGACGGACAAAUAAACCCCCUCAGCGUGACGGGACGCUCAGCAGUGAGGAGGAGGAAGAGUACGUGGAGACCGCAGCCUACAAUAAGCAGUACACAGAGUCCCAGCUUCGAGCUGGCGGGGGAUACAUCCUUCAGGAUUUCAAUGAAGCCCAGUGCAAGGCGGCCUACCAGUGUGUGCUGAUCGCAGACCAGCACUGUCGGACGAAGAAAUACUUCCUGUGCAUUGCCAGCGGAGUUCCCUGCGUCUCCAACCUGUGGGUGCGUGACAGCUGCCUCUCGAACCAGCUACAGCCAUACAAGAACUACAUGCUUCCUGCUGGCUACAGUGUCGAGGCAGACCGCAUCUUAGAGUGGCACCCUCGCACCACUCCUUUCAAGAACAUGAAGAUGCUGCUGGUGUCGGAUCAGCAGGAGAGCUUCCUCAGCCUGUGGCCGGAGAUCCUGAUGAUGGGAGGGGCGACGUCAGUCCGACAGCACAACCCCACCACGCAUGGCAAGGACGUCCCUCUGGGGCUCUUCGACAUCGUGGUGACCGACCUCUCGUGCCCGCCGUCGCUGCUGAAGUGUGCAGAGUCGCUGUCCGUGCCCGUGGUCUCGCAGGAGUGGGUGAUCCAGAGCCUAGUGACUGGUCAGAGAGUCAGUGAGCACAGCCACCCCAUGUACAAACACACCUACAAGCCCAGCUAAAAGCCCCUCCACCUGCCCCUCGCUCCCCCGACAGCCAACCCGUCCUGCCGCUGUUUUACAUUUUCAAAGCUUUUAUCUGUCUGUGUUUGUAACUGCAUGUAUGAAAAUGUACAUAGUUUUAUUGGUUUCAUUUUUAUUAAAAAACAACAGAAUAAACUGUGAGGUUUCGCUGCCUUUUUGUCAGUUUUACAUU